ACAUCUCUACCUAAGUGUACCAUUAAAAUCUGUUCUGCGCACAAUUUAGUAAUUUAUUGUUCGCACAAGCUAUAGUCGUCGAUUGUUUUAUUAAUUUAAAAUGAAAAGCAGGGGUAGUAAUUAUCAUUGGGCAAAUUUUGCGUUAUUUUGUGGAAUUACCUGCUUUUUAUUGUUAUGCGUUUCUGCCACUAACCGAUAUUAUUUUUCAUAUUUGCCUUAUUCGACGGGUGAUAAUAUUGUUACUACAUGGCAUAUGCACGGUGGUCCGACACUCCCGAACCGGAAAUGGAACGUAGAGUGCCUUGACGGAGAGGCGAUGAUAGGAAUCACGGACCAGAUAGAUGACUUUCAGAGAAUAGCAGCAAUAUGGUGCCGGUUUAUGUUUCCUUAUAAGCCUCCAUCCAAUGGAGUGUAUCCUUAUUAUCCCAGCUGCGUGUUUCGAGAAUACCGUUACCAGUUUUUUUGCUUUGACACUCAAAAUGCAUCAACUACCAUCAAUACAUUUAUGACAGGGAUCUGGGACAAUGAAUGGAUUUUCUGGGUGGCACGCAUUGGAACAACACGCAGUACUGCUAGUGAUUACUUUCAGCCGUACAAAUGCUGCAAAGUACCGAAAGGUUACUACAUUGAUUAUGUAUCAUGCUACUACGUCUCCACACACGAUCCUUACUGGGAAUUCUAUGACAAUGUCUUCAAUUUUGUUGUUUACUGCGGUACCGGAUAUGUUAUGACCGGUAUUGCCAAAAAAAUCCAUCCUGUCGGCCAAGACUGGUACAUUGACUGGAUCCAGUGCUGUCGGGUUGGCUACGGCUUUCCCAGCGCCGUAUCUCCGCCACUCAUUCGCCUUCCGGAUGGCCGUACCACCUUCUACGCGGCCAGCAAUACCGGCGCCCCGUCGACGCCGGUGCCGCGCGCCUAUCAACAACAACACCGGUCUCUAUCCAUUGACCAGCAACUGGACACAGCGGCCGACAGCUACAUGAACGCCAGUGAUGUGUUAUCGAAGAAGUUCCGCCAGUUCGAUGACAUCCGCUACAAACGGGAGGCCAUUCCCGUAGCGUUACUGGGCAGAAGUCAUCCACCGGAUCCCGCAGCUCACUGUCAUCAUGAUGGGCGGGAGAUCAUGUUUAGAACGGAUUUAACAAUAAGAUAAGGAAAAUCAUGCGAAUUACUUUGUCGUUUGUUGUGCCGAGACUUUUGUUAUGAAUGCAUUCUGCAUGUAGCAUAUAAAGUCGCGCAUAUUAAUUGUUUCAAAAGAAAAAAGUUUUUAUGCGUUCAUUGCAUUGAAAUGCGCGACCGUUAAAUCGGCUUUUGGAACAGAUGUUGCGAGACUGAAUAAUCAUACGGU